CUUCGCAAAGCCGCCGCCUCCUUCGACUCAGCUGGGCGUCGGGAGCUGCACCCAUGGCGGUCACCGCUGAGGGCGCCCGCAGGAAGGAGCGCGUCCUCUGCCUGUUUGACGUGGACGGCACCCUCACGCCGGCUCGCCAGAAAAUCGACCCUGAGGUGGCUGCCUUCCUGCAGAAGCUGCGAAGAAGGGUGCAGAUCGGUGUGGUGGGCGGCUCUGACUACUCUAAGAUUGCUGAGCAGCUGGGAGAGGGGGAUGAAGUCAUUGAGAAGUUUGAUUAUGUGUUUGCUGAGAACGGGACGGUGCAGUAUAAGCAUGGACGACUGCUCUCCAAGCAGACAAUCCAGAACCACCUGGGGGAGGAACUCCUGCAGGACUUGAUCAACUUCUGCCUCCGCUACAUGGCCCUGCUCAGACUGCCCAAGAAGCGUGGAACCUUCAUCGAGUUCCGGAACGGCAUGCUGAACAUCUCGCCCAUUGGCCGGAGCUGCACCCUGGAGGAGCGAAUCGAGUUCUCCGAACUGGACAAGAAGGAGAAGAUCCGGGAGAAGUUUGUGGAAGCCCUGAAAACAGAGUUUGCCGGCAAAGGACUGAGGUUCUCCCGAGGAGGCAUGAUCAGUUUUGACGUCUUCCCUGAGGGCUGGGACAAGCGCUACUGCCUGGACAGCCUGGACCAGGACUGCUUCGACACCAUCCACUUCUUUGGGAACGAGACCAGCCCCGGUGGGAACGACUUUGAGAUCUACACAGACCCCCGGACUGUUGGCCACAGUGUGGUGUCCCCGCAGGACACGGUGCAGCGAUGCCGUGAGAUCUUUUUCCCAGAGACAGCCCACGAGGCGUGACCAGGGCCCACACCUGCCCCUUGGGACUUCCAGAGAGCUCUGCCCGGCCCUAAGAGAGCCCCUGGCCCUGGUGUUCGGGGGCGCCAGGGCCCCUCCUCUGGCCCAGGACACCUGCCUCAUGUUACCUGCCUAAGUGGGCCCAGGGUCUGUGUGGACAGCCACCCCCAGCUGGUCAGCUCAUGGUGGGCCUGGCUCCCGUCCUCCAGCCCGAUGGCCCCGGCUGCAGCUGCUGCUCGUACUUCUGGACAGAACAGGUUUCUGUCUACGCGGGAAGCGUGUGCGAGUGUCGGUACAAGAUAGAGCCUGCACUGCUUCCCUGCCCUAGAUGGGGAGCACAGCAGUGGGGAAGGUGCAUACUUGUGAGAACUUGAUCUCACAGAUACUAAACUUCGUGGAACGCGG